GUAGCACCUCUCAGUUAUCAAUAAUGACUAGAGGGUAAACCGGUUGUUGUAUUGUGGGAAUUGACGUGUUUGACACAGCGAUAUAUUUUCAAUUUUCUUUUGAUCUGGAAUUUUUCUACACUAAUUUGCGGAAAAUAUGCCUCUUACCGGUGUGAAACUGAAUGCUAAACAACAAGAAGAGUUGAAGGAGGCGUUUAUAAUCUAUGAUAGUGAUGGAGAUGGCAAAUGUAACAGGGAACAGGCCGCAAUGGUGCUCAGAAGUAUAUGUCUUAGUCCAACAAAUGAGGAACUUAACAACAUCCUUGGGGAUAGAGAACGUCUUUUCUCAUUAAAUGAACUGCAGUCGAUAAUAAGUACAAAGGCUCCGCAAUUUGAGACAGAAGACGAACUGAAAGAUGCCUUCCGUAUAUUUGACAAAGAUGGCGCCGGUUACCUUGACGCAAAAGAACUCCGUCACGUGCUUGAAAAUCUUGGCGAAAGAAUGAGAGCUGACGAAGUAGACGAGAUGUUUCGAGAAGUUGAAAUCAGUGGUGAUAACCAAAUUAACUAUGAAGAUAUGGUACGUACUAUCCAGUGCCUGUAUUGAAGAGGGAACCAGCCUGUGUUGAUGAGGGAACCAGAAAAAAAACAAGUAGAGUCAUCACCAUUCCAUGAACAAUUGUUGUGUGUAACAAACGCUUGCAUUUUUAUAGUUUACUGUUCUUUUAUGUGUUUAUUUUCUUAAUUAUUAAAGUGUGAUACAACAAAUCCUAGAGAUGAAAGAUAUGUAUAGAUCUGCCAGGCCUCUACGCAUUCCAUGGACGUUGUGUUUUUUCAUAUAGCAUAAUAGCAUUGACGAGUUAGUAUUCGAUCUUACAGGAAUUUUGUUUCUUUCUCUGAAAAUAAUUUUAGUAGAUGAGAUGAGAUGACGUCGAAAAUGAACACAGUUAAAUAUACAGAUACGUCUUGUCUGGCUUUGUUAUUGUCAAUGUGAUAGAAAAAACUGAGUUGUGUUUAUUUUUGUUGGUGUUUUGGUCAUUUUAUAGAAUCAUAUUUAUAUAGCACUACUUUAACUUACAGAUUUUUGUGUUCAGAUAAAAAAGGGACUAGUUGUAAUUUUAUAAUAAAGUUUCAAACAUUGUU